CAUACAAAAAGUGAACAUUCUACCAGCUGAGACCAAAAUAAAUCCUCCAAAAGGGUUUUUGAAACCCUCCAACCUUAUACUUUUAAUCAACAAAAACAUGACACGUGGCAACCUUAUUAUGCUUUUGAGAAUCCAUUUCUGAACAAUCAUAUAUGUUAUUUUUUUAGUACUAUAAAUAAGAGAUGAUCCUUGCUAGGCCAAUGUGCUAUGAGUCCUCUGAAUAUUACAUUACAUCCAUUAGACCUUAGCCAUUUUUCUUUCUUCAAUUUCAAUCUCCUUCAAUUAUUUUUUAAACAGGAAUUUUUGUCUAUAUACAUUGAAACAUCAUCAAUAAUUUAGCAACAUUUUGUGGUUCCACAUUGAUAAUCUCAUCAUGGAUCUCAUUCAUACACUAUUAUUUAUUCUCUGGAUUACAUUGAUACUUAUAAACCAUAAUGUGAUAAAUGUGGAAGGAAGGAACCAUCUUCACAGCAAGCAAAAGAAAGUAUCCCUUGUUCCUUCUAAGUCUUCUAAUGAGCCAGAAAAUCCUUCCAGUUCUUCUCCCAGUGUUCCUUCUGAUCCUUAUCCGACCGAUCCUCGAGACUCCGAUUCAGAGUGUAUUUUCGAUGUACGAUCAUUUGGAGCAGUUGGAGAUGGUUCAACUGAUGACACACCUGCAUUCAAGGCAGCUUGGAAAGCAGCUUGUGGUGUAGAGUCUGGAGUUGUUCUUGUUCCAGAAAGUUACAUCUUUAAGAUCACUUCAACUAUCUUUUCAGGUCCAUGCAAGCCAGGAUUAGUAUUUCAAGUGGAUGGUAUGAUAAUAGCACCAGAUGGACCUGAUUCAUGGCCAGAGGGAGAUAGCAGAAAUCAAUGGCUUGUAUUUUAUAGACUUGACCAAAUGAGUCUUAAUGGUACAGGAACUAUUGAAGGCAAUGGAGAUCAGUGGUGGGAUCUCCCCUGCAAACCUCACAGGGGUCCAGAUGGAAAAACUUUGUCAGGACCAUGUGGUAGUCCAGCUAUGAUACGGUUCUUCAUGAGCUCGAAUUUGAUGGUGAGUGGACUGCAAAUUCAAAACAGUCCUCAAUUCCACAUGAAAUUCGAUGGCUGCCAAGGAGUGUUGAUUGAUAGGCUAACCAUCUCUGCACCUAAACUCAGCCCUAACACAGAUGGAAUCCAUGUUGAAAACUCACAGGCUGUUGGAAUAUAUAACUCUAUGAUAAGCAAUGGGGAUGAUUGUAUUUCAAUUGGACCCGGAACCUCAGAUGUGGACAUAGCUGGUGUCACUUGUGGUCCUAGCCACGGGAUUAGCAUAGGAAGCCUUGGUGUGCACAACUCCCAAGCAUGUGUUUCAAACUUAACAGUCCGUGACACAGUGAUAAGGGAAUCAGACAAUGGACUAAGAAUCAAGACAUGGCAAGGUGGAAUGGGAUCAGUGACAGGUUUAAAAUUUGAGAACAUUCAAAUGGAAAAUGUAGGAAAUUGUAUCCUUAUAGACCAAUACUAUUGUUUGACAAAGGAAUGUCUAAAUCAAACAUCAGCUGUUCAUGUUAAUGAUGUGUCCUACAAAAACAUUAAGGGUACUUAUGAUGUUAGAACUGCUCCUAUUCACUUUGCUUGUAGUGACAGUGUGGCUUGCACAAACAUAACACUCUCUGAGGUUGAGCUUUUUCCUUAUGAAGGAGAAUUGUUGGAUGACCCUUUUUGUUGGAAUGCUUAUGGGAAUCAAGAGACAUUGACUAUACCUCCAAUUAAUUGCUUAAGAGAAGGUGACCCUGAGACUGUGGGUGAUCUUUCUACAUAUCAAUGCAGUGAUUAAUUAGUUAUUAGAGACAUUAAUUACUCUAAAUUUUGUUAUAUUGUAUAAUACAUAGGUAUAGAGUCUUGAUAACUAUUAGUAUAUGUUUUGAUGGUUAUGGUUUUGUUCUGUGUAUGCCUCUUAGGAUUCGUCCUUAUUUGGGUGUAUUAUUCCCAUAGAGUGAUGACUUGUUGAAUGACACUAUAAAGUAUAUGUCUAUGUGAAUCCAAAUGAAUAUGAACUUUGGAUAUUUAACUUAUAUAGAGUAAUCUUCAUUGGGCGCAA